UUUAUAGAAGCUUUAUUAGCUUGUUAUAAGCAAAGUUCUCAAAAACAUCUUUCAUAAACGUUCAAUAGUGCUAUAAUGCUCUUAAAGUAUUCAAUAGCGGCUCCAUAACUUAUAACAGGCUCAACCCUACUAUAAACCCUUAAUAAAGAACAACAUGGCCGCCGUCUUGUCUUCAGAUGACAGCUGAUAAUUUGAUUGAAGUGUAGUUAAUAAUUAUUUUCGUUGAUGCUAGUGUCAUUGCAUUGUAGUUUGUAAUUAUUUGUACGUAAUUUAUUAUUAUCAUAUCAAAGUAUCAUAAUGCAAGCUCUGCAAGCUAUAGCCGCCAUCGAGAAUGUCGAAAACCCUACACGUCGCCGUCGUCAGAAGGUGUACCAGAAGAGAUUUGACCCGUUUUCUUUGCCGGAUAUCGAGUUUAAACGGCGAUACCGCUUCAGUAAAGAUACCGCAAGGUUUAUUAUUAAUCUCGUCAGGCAAGAUUUGCAACUCGAUUCAAGAGGCUGUGGUACUUCACCAGAGUUGCAAGUUUUAACUGCUAUAAGAUGCUGGGGACGUCGUGAAGUUCAAGAAGAUGGGGGAGAUUUACAUGGGUUGUCUCAACCAACUGUAAGCCGCAUUUGUGCCAGAGUAGCUCGCGCGAUAGCUCGGCACUCAGCGACUUAUAUUAAAAUGCCUCAGACUCUGAUAGAACAACAAACAGUUAUCAGAGAAUUUCAAGAAAUCAGGAAUUUUCCUUCUGUACUGGCUGGUUUUAGUUUAGCAUAA